AUAAAAAAAUUCCAGUAUCCCCAAGAAGUUCUUAGUGGUGGGUAUUUAAUCACCACUGCUUACUGUGGUGUGGUCCACGAUGGAUUUGGAUCUUCUUAAUUUUGUGAUUACCCAAUAAAAUGAGUUUUCAAAACGGAUGAACGGCGUGGAUGUGAGUAACAUACAUCAAGGUAGGCCCCACAGUGAGGGAUCCAACCACCUCGGUUGGUCCGGGGAUCCACUGAAGCACACCAAAACCUCCGCACGAUUGCGGACGUGAAGAUCUAAAACUCCAAACCCUCGAAAUCCUCACCGUUUCAAAGAAUCCCCUGGAUACCCCGCCUUAGAAAACGUCACUCUCUAAAACGCCCACCAACCGUUCGAUUAAGUUCCCCAACGAAACCGAACCCCAGAGAAUGCCUAUGGACUCGUGCUUCUCGGCCCCGUCCGAAGACGAGAUGGGCAGCGUGCGGACGCUGGUGGGAGUGAAGCAAGUGAAGCAGGGCAUGCCCGAGACGGAUUGGGACGAGAGCAUGCCGCUGCCGGGCGAUAUCAUCGAAGGCGUGGCUGAAGAGGACGGCGAGGAUCGGUUCGUGCCAGCGAAGGUGCGGUCAGAGCUGAGGUCGCAGCUGGCGAAGCUGAACAGGCAGGUGGAAGUUGUAUGGGUGAAGGUGAGGAGAGGUGGUGGGACCCUCAAGCUGCGGGUCCGGGUGGUCCCGGAUGGAUGCGCUAAGCUGCAGCGUCGGUUCACCAUACGAGCCCUCUCAGAUGAUCGCCACGUGGCUGUGCUGGGGGACUUGACAUUGGAGCAGUGUGUUGAGCUGCAAGAGAUGAGCAGGAAGGUGGUGAAUGUGGACCGUGGGGGCUUCCCCAAGAAGGGAGUGAAAUAUGAUUGGAAGAAGAAGGUGGGGACCUACCUACCUGACCCUCAAUGCAGUGUAAUCAGCUCCAUCCUUUUCAUGCCAUUCCCAUCCGAAUACGGCAUCGAGCCAACCACCAGGCGAUCGAUGGCCUGGCUUUCAGCAGCCGUCUCUUCGGGUGUCCCACUCAUCUUCGUCAACAUCCAGACCGACCAGAUCGUUACCUCAGAAAGAACAGCUUCUUCGAUCGUCGGCGGCGGCCAGAUUUCCCGGCAUGAUACAGGCUGGUACAGGCAAAGAAAUUCAAACGCGACCAUCCAAAUCACACAAGGAAUCCGACUAUGGUUUUUGCCCGGCGUGGCUGAGAUUUCGGUGAUGUUGACGCCGGAGCCCGGAGAAACCCGGUUUGGGAUGGACAUCAAGCGGACUGAAGAGGGCUUCAUCUGCAUCUACUCAGUGUCCAAGGGACUGGCAGCGGACCGGGCUGGUCUUAAAGAGCUACGUGAGCAAGCGGCUGCUGCGGGCCGGCUCGUGGUAAUCGCCCGGCUGGAAGGGAAGAGCCUCAUGCCAUCCACCGUCUCCUCAGCCGGCCUCAUACAUUGCUGCGACCACAACGACGUGAAGGAGACACUCGCCUCUGCUAUCGAACGGAUGGAUGGGAUCCACCUUCACAUCAUGGCAUGCUCCGGUCAAAAUUCCGCUCGGCCUACUCAGGUGACCGGCCUUGCCACCCUUAAGUUUCCAGCAGAAGAAUCUUGCCCUAUAAUGGCCACCAGCUUUGUUCAAACCACAACCGUUGGUGAAAUGAUGGCCCACACAGCUACCUAGCCUGACCAAGUGCAUGUAUGUAUAGAGGAAUAAUCACCGUUGGAUGUAAUAAUGAAUACUUGAGCAGUGGUUACCUACCACUUGCAACGUACGAAAAAUAACGGUGAUGAAUAAAA